AUGUUGGUGGGAUUUGUUUUGCCUGUGUACCUGGGAGAAAGGGAAAUUUUUGUGACCAAGAAUUGUUCUUCAAAUUGUGAGGAAUCUAAAUGUAACAUAACAACAGGGGAAUGUUAUACCUGUGUAGCAGGAUUCAAAGGAACAUUUUGUAACGUUUCGUGCGACUCCCAACAUUUCGGUCCCAACUGUAUAUACAACUGUUCCUCCAACUGUGAUAACUCUGAAUGUAACGAAACAAAUGGUUAUUGUAACCUGUGUAAGGCGGGGUAUCAAGGAGAUUUCUGUAAUAGCACAUGCGAUGGCAACCACUACGGCCCUGGAUGUAUCUACACAUGUUCACAAAGUUGUGACAACUCAGAAUGUGACAAAACAGAUGGCUGCUGUAAUAACUGUCCAGUAGGUUAUACGGGAGAGUUAUGUGAAACGACGUGUGACAAUGCGCAUUAUGGAGCAGGCUGCACGUCAAACUGUAGUCACCUGUGUGUACGUAAUGAGACACAAGCCUGGUGUAACAAGACAGAUGGCCAGUGUCUACUUGGAUGUUUGUCUGGGUUUAAACAAGAAGAUACAGAGUGUAGCAGAUUCUGGGCUCCACAACAAAGUGCCGAUAAAACUGAUGGCAACACGCUGAUACCUAUAGUUGUACCCAUCGUAGUUGUAUUGGUAGCAGUAUCUCUAGUAGUGGCUAGUGUAAUCUACUACAGACGCCGUAAUGCCAAGGGAAGUAAGCCACUACAAUUAGAUGCGGGUAACAAAGUGCAGACAACUACAUUAGAUGCUAAAGAUGGAAGUAUUAGAUCUAUGCAGAUAGAAUUAGAUCAAUCAGUGCCCCAAAAACCUGUAGCUGUCGUCAACGCUUAUUGUAACGGUAAUGUAGACAAAAAGUACAUUGAGGUCUCAAAUCUGAAUGAAUUUAUGUUGGCCCAUGGAGCUGAAUAUUUCUCAAAUGAGUUCAAGCUGAUUCCGUCACCACAAAAUUUAUCUAUGUCAGUUGGACUCAGUGAUCUUAACAGAAACAAAAACAGAUACAAAAAUAUUUGUGCAUAUGACCAUUCUCGCGUCCAUCUUGAGAUCAACACCAGCAAAAAUGAAGGAGACUACAUCAAUGCUUCUUACAUAGAGGGCUAUAACAAUGAAGAAAAGUUUAUUGCUUCACAAGGUCCAACUGAUGCGACAAUCAACGACUUUGUACGAAUGUUGUGGCAACAGAAAGUUGAUAAAGUUGUGAUGCUGACUAACCUUAUAGAGGAGGGCAAGAUGAAAUGUGUAAGUUACUGGCCAGAAGAAGGUACAACCACAUUUGGUGACAUCAAAGUUAAGCUGGCAGCUACUCAUGUUUUUGCUGACUACACUAUCAGGAAGUUGGAGCUCAUCAAGAAAGAUCAUCCGACCCACCAUUUCACCCAGUUCCACUUCACAUCGUGGCCAGACAAAGGUGUGCCUCUAACACCGUGGGGACUUGUGGACUUUGAACAGAGGGUGGCGUUAGAAAAAACUUCUAAGCCAAUCCUUGUUCAUUGCAGCGCUGGUGUAGGACGUACUGGAACCUUCAUCGCUCUACGUAAUGUAAUGAGAGAAGCUGAAGACACGGGGCGGAUAAAUUGUUUUCAAACUGUGGCCAAACUCAGACAAGACAGGGUUCUGAUGGUUCAAACUGCGGAACAAUAUGAAUUCCUCCACAAGGCAGCUGAGGUGGCCAUUAUUUGUAUAGGUACCACAGUGACGUCCAGAGACAUUACGUCUAGAAUCUCUCAUCUAGAAGAAAGCGUGGGUGGAAGAAGCAACCUUGAUAAGGAGUUCAAGGCAAUUUUAGCUGUGUGUUCAGAUUUUAUAAAAGAUGACGUCAAUGGUUCAAAUGUUGACGAAACUAAUGUGUAUCAGAACAAUCAUCCACCAGAAAUGGCUAAAAAUAGAGUCUCCGCCAUUCUUCCAGAUAAAAUAUACAGAGCCGUUUUAUUAAUAGAGUCUGCCAAUUUAAGUGACUACAUUAAUGCUGUUUUAGUUUCGGGUUUUACCAAACGAGAGAACCAGAUACUAACACAGCUCCCAAUGCCAAACACAGUCACAGAUUUCUGGAGAUUGGUGGCCCAGUACAAUGUUAAACUUGUCGUGGCUUUUCAGACUGAGGAUUUUGAAAAAGACAAGUCCCUAGGCCAGUAUCUGCCUGCCGACAUGACAACACCUUUAGACUGUGGACCAUAUGAAAUACACACAGGACCUGUCAAGUCUGAGAGUUUAUGGGAGGAACAACAGAUCACGGUCAAAGUCGUCAAGAAAGCAUUGGGUUUCUUACCUAUUACUAAUGAAUCCCACGUAACCCACAUUGCGAGUAAAAGCACAGACCUGAAUCCCAAGAAUCUUCUCAAACUUCUCAAACACACAAGGUCAAACAAUGUACAGGCACAGGGGAGAGUACUCUACAUGUGCAGAAACGGAGCUGAGUACAGCGGCCUGGCCUGUGUGUUGAGUCUUCUACUUGACCGAAUGGACCAUGACCAAAGCUUAACAGUUCCACUUGUUGUUGGUGCCAUCAAAUGUAUCAGACCACAGGUCAUUCCGUCUCUGAAUCAAUAUAGAUGUCUAUAUCAAGUUCUACAAAGAUAUAACGAAACGAGUUCACCGUACAACAACCACGACCAGCUGUCAAGACCCUCAUACGAUGCAUAUGUAAACAUACCUUUAGAGAUCAAUGGUGAAGAAAACGUGUAUGCCAACAGCCAAAAUGCCACACGAAUAUGAAAUAUAACUUUACAAAAAGAUACUUCUUAACUUUGGUUUUUUUUCUUGUUAAAUCAUUAAAAAUGAUAUCAAAUUACUGUUUCAUUUUGCAAGAUGAGUACAUUCAUUAGCCAUAAUAUUUUUUUAAAAUAAUUAAAUCUACAUUUGUGUGCAAACCUGUGUGCUAACGUUGGAGUGAACAUGGGCUGCGGGGCUUCCAGUCUAACUGUUCAUAA